AUGAGGUUCAGUAACCGUUUGGCGCUCCCUCUGACCAAUCAAACUCACUUCGCCGCCAUCCGACAAACACUCCGCCAUAAUGGCCUCGACAUUGCCGCCUAUGGCUCCGCCAUACAGCGUUGUGCCGACCGCCGCCUCCUACGCCAGGGCAAGCAGCUCCACGCGCGCCUCUUCCUGUUCUCGAUCACACCCAAUAACUUCCUCGGCUCAAAGCUUGUUACGUUCUACGCCAAAUGCAACCUCAUGCACCAUGCACGCAAGGUGUUCGACGAAAUACCCAGCAAGAACUCCUUCUCCUGGAACGCAAUGCUCAUGGGCUACUCAUUCAACGGCAUGUUCCAUAAAACGAUAGACCUCUUUUACACCUUUUCUUUUACCCAAACCAUGUGCAUUGAUAAUUUCACCAUAUCGUGCGUUUUGAAGGCGCUUUCUUCGUUGUUUUGUAGCUUAAAUUCGGCGAAAGAGGUUCACUGCUUUGUUAUUAGAGGCGGUUUGGACAGAGAUGUUUUUGUUAUGAAUGCUUUGGUUACGUGUUACUCGAGGUGCGAUCAGGUUGUACUUGCGCGGAUGGUGUUUGACGGAAUGCCGGAGAGAGAUACUGUGUCGUGGAACUCAAUGAUUUCGGGGUAUUCGCAAGGAGGGUUCUAUGAAGAGUGUAAGAGGCUGUAUUUGGAGAUGUUGGGUGUGCCAGAUUCAGCGACCAUUGCGAGUGUGAUGCAGGCUUGCGGACAGUCUGGGGAUCUUGUGUUUGGAAUGGAGGUUCACCAAAUGGUGAAUGACAGUGGAAUGGAGAUGGACAUGUUGCUUUACAAUGCUGUGAUUGCCAUGUAUGCUAAAUGCGGUAGUUUAGAUUAUGCUCAAGAACUGUUUGAUGAAAUGAGUGAGAAGGAUGAGGUUACUUAUGGCUCAAUGAUUUCAGGGUACAUGGUUUAUGGAUUUGUUGACAAAGCCAUGGCUGUUUUCAGAGAAAUGGUAAGGCCUGCAUUGAGUAAUUGGAAUGCUGUGAUUUCAGGUAUGGUUCAGAAUAACCAGUAUGAAAGGGUAUUGGAUUUGGUACAAGAAAUGCAGGCUUCUGGUUCAAGGCCGAACGCUGUCACGCUUGCUAGCGUUCUUCCAUCUUUUUCAUACUUCUCAAACCUGCGAGGAGGGAAAGAGGUGCAUGCUUAUGCUAUUAGAAGAAGUUAUGUUCAAAAUAUAUAUGUUGCAACUGCAAUUAUUGAUACUUAUGGAAAGCUAGGGUUUAUUCAUGGGGCACAGAAGGUUUUUGAUCAAUCACAAGGUAGGAGCUUAAUAAUUUGGACCGCAAUUAUAACAGCUUAUGCUGCUCAUGGAGAUGCUAGUUUGGCGCUUGGCCUCUAUGCUCGGAUGCUAGAUGAAGGAAUUAAGCCUGAUCCAGUUACAAUAACUGCUGUAUUGACUGCUUGUGCUCAUUCUGGAUUAGUAGAUGAAGCUUGGGAUAUCUUCAAUUCAAUGCCAUCAAAUUGUGGAAUUCAGCCAUUGAUGGAACAAUAUGCUUGUAUGGUGAGUGUUCUUAGUCGAGCUGGGAAGCUCUCAGAGGCAGCAGAUUUCAUUUCCAAAAUGGCAGUUGAGCCAAGUGCUAAAGUCUGGGGUGCGUUGUUACAUGGGGCUUCUGUUUAUGGUGACGUAGAAAUGGGCAAGUUUGUGUGUGAUCAUUUGUUUGAGAUUGAACCAGAAAAUACUGGGAAUUACAUAAUUAUGGCGAAUCUAUAUUCACGUUAUGGGAGAUGGGAAGAAGCUGAUAAUAUCAGGGAAAAACUGAAAGGAAUUGGGUUACAGAAGAUCCGUGGAAGUAGCUGGAUUGAAACAAGUAGAGGACUAAUAAGCUUCAUUGCCAAGGAUGUAUCAAAUGAAAGAUCUGGUGAGAUCUAUGCAUUGCUGGAAGGGUUGCUUGGUUUGAUGAGGGAAGAAGGAUAUGCUCUGCAGGAUGAGUUAGAUUUUGAGACUUCUUUUGGUUAACAAUUAAAUGUUAAUUUGUGGUGAAAUAGAUUAGUGCAGAAACUAAACAGUACUUGUCUACCCAGAAAAAAAAAGUAAUGCUUUCCUGAGUUCUCUAGAUGAGGAUUUACUCUCCUUUCCAUGAAUUGUUAGUGGAAAAUUUAUGGCUGCUAAGUACUUCCUGUACACCUCACACCUAAAAAGACGAACAGGGAUUAGAAUGCUAGAAUCACUGAGCACCAGCAUAGCACUUAUUUAAUCUUGCUAUUUAGUGUACAAAGAGGUUAAAGGUCUUAUCUUUGAUUCAUA